AUGGCCGGAAAGCUCAACGUGACGGAAGACCCCAAGGCUCACCUGGUGCGGCUGGUGAAGGACUUCGACAACGCCAUGCUCAUCACGAAGAACUCGAGCGACCAGCUGCGCGGCAGGCCCAUGCGAAUCGCCAAGGCCGACGUCGAGCAGAACCUGUGGUUCAUCACCUCCAUGGACAGUGCCAAGAUCGAGGAGCUCCUGCGGGACCCCCGGGCCUGCAUCACCAUGCAGAAGAAUGGCGAGUACAUUUCGCUGUCGGGCAACGUUCAUGUCUCCAACGACAAGGGCGGCAUUGAAGAGAUCUGGAAGGAGGCGUAUCGUCCGUGGUUCCCCGAGGGCAAGGACACGCCCGACCUGGUGCUGCUCAAGGUCGACACGACGUGGGGCGAAUACUGGGACUCGGUGUCGGGCGAGAAGACGACGAUGGAUUUCCUCAAGAAGAUGGUCGGCGCCGAAGAGAAGAAGAGCACCACCAUGCCCGAGGAGCACGCCAAGGUGACCCUGACCGCUCCCACGCAGAUGUGA